AUUAGUCGAAGACAGUCAGCUGAAGUGAGUCAGUGUCUACUCGAUGAAUUUUAGUCAUUAGUGCGAUUUAUUUUGUCGUCGUUUCGACGUUUCGUAACAACUAAUAGCGAUCGAUCUGUUUUUCAGAAUUGUACGUUACACUAACUACGCUGUGGGGAACAGACGUGGGAUUUAAAAUAAAUAAAUAAAUAAAUAUCGAUAACGGAUUGGCCGCGUGCGUGAAAUUAUUAGUACAACAAAAAAGUCGUUGGCCACCGUCGUGCUUUUUUGAUUUAUUUCAAUUUUUUCCUGACACACACGGACAACAUGUCAAGCAACGAAGAAAAAGCCAUGGCCCUAUUGACAGAAGCGGACAAGAAACUCAAUUCCUCUAAAGGAUUAUUUUCUUCGUUAUUUGGGAAUGUUUCUAAGGUUGAAGAUGCAAUUGAUUGUUACCAACGUGCUGCAAAUUUAUUUAAGAUGGCAAAAAAAUGGUCACAAGCUGGCAGAGCAUUUAUUUUGGCUGCUGAUCUCAAUGCAAAAUCGGGCCGUAAACAUGAUGCUGCUACAAAUUAUGUAGACUCUGCAAACUGUUUCAAAAAAACUGAUCCAAAUGAAGCUGCAAUGUGUUUGGAAAAAGCUAUUGACAUCUACACAGAUAUGGGUCGUUUUACAAUGGCUGCUAAACAACAUCAAAAUAUAGCUGAAAUGUAUGAGACUGAAGCUGUUGACCUAGAACGUGCUAUAACCAAUUAUGAAAAGGCCUCAGACUAUUUCAUGGCUGAAGAAAGUAAGAGUUCAGCUAACAAAUGCAAACUUAAGGUGGCACAGUAUGCUGCCCAACUGGAAGACUAUGACCGAGCCAUUCAGAUUUACGAAGAGGUUGCUGGAACAUCAUUGGACAGUUCUUUGUUGAAGUACAGCGCAAAAGAAUAUUACUUCCGCGCAGCUUUAUGUCAUUUGUGUGUUGACGUUCUUAAUGCUCAACUAGCCAUGAAUCAAUACACUGAACGAUACCCGGCAUUCCAAGAUAGUAGAGAAUACAAAUUAUUACAGGUGUUGUUAAACCACAUUCAAGAGCAAAAUGCUGAUGGUUUCACUGAAGCUGUUAAAGAUUACGAUUCCAUAUCACGAUUGGACCAAUGGUACACAACAAUAUUACUGCGCAUUAAGAAACUUGUGAAUGAUACUCCUGAUUUGCGCUAAUUUUGUUAAUGAAUAAAUACAUAUUUUAAAAUCCUUAAUUUAUUAAUCAAAUCUCAUAGAAAACAACAAUAACAAAAUGUGUACUGUGUAUAUUUGGAAUAUUAUUUGUAUAUAUUUUCAUUCCUUGCAAACUAAAAUGUCAAGAAAUGAGAUUUAUAUAAUAUAAUGUGAAAUUUUUUUUUGCACAGCAUGUUUAAAACUGUGGUUUUGUUUCAAUGGUAUUCAAGUAUUGAAAAUCAUAUAAAAUCUCAUCUAGAUUUAACGGUUGACCUCUUUUUUUUGGUGAUUACAAAUUUCAGAUUUGUUAUAAAAUGUCCAAAUCUAGUAUUUUAUAAUAUUUUAAAAAAUUAGCUUACAUUCCCUUCUGUAUGUUUAAUAUUGAUUUGCAAUGUUGCUUGUUAUUCUAUUUGGUGCAGCUAUCUAUAAUGUUUGACUUAAAGCACUUGGUGUUUGUUUGCUGAAUCGUUUUGCACUAACAAAUGAAAAAUGUUUUCAAAAAAAAAAAAUUAAUUUAGUCAUCCUAAUAUUAUAAUAAUUUUUUUUUUUAUCUAUCAUAUCGUAUUAACAUUGCGUAUUGAUAAAAUAUAUAUGUAUUAAAAAUUGAACAGCAAAAAAAAUAUUAAUAAUAUAAUUAUUGUAAUAUAGAAUGUCUAGAUGAGCUACGUUGUAUAGAAAAAAAAUCGUAGGCUUAUUAUGUGUUGCUGUAGACAAGUAUGGUACUUUUACAUGACUAAUAUCGUAUAUUAUAUUAUUAUUCAUAUUAUUAAUCAAUAUUGUUAAUGUUUAUUAUUAUUAAUUUUUUUUUAUUGUAAAUAGAAUAUUGUUACAGACUUUUUUUUUAAUCUAAAAUUUAUCUUGAAAUUUGUUUCAUUAUUAUUAUAUGACUGUUUCAACUUUAUUAGUUAUCUAUCAAUGGUGUUGAUUAUGUUGUUUAAAUUUAUGAAAAUAUUAUUAUUAUUGAAUUGUGUACAUAUAUGUUUUUUAAGUUUAGUACCAUAGAAAUUUGGAACCGAAAAUAGAUAUUUCAAAAAUUAUUAUAAU